AUGAAUUCGGAGAUGGCGGAAAAAGCAUUCUUGAAAAAGAUGCAAUGCGCGUUGGUGAUAAAGAGCAACGAAGUGGUUGUAACGCCAAUAAGGGCGGAGAUGGUGGAGGCCGUUCCGGCCCAGGCCGAAACAAGUACAAAGCCCGAGCAGAAUGGGCGUAUGAGAACGAUUGGAGGCAAUGUGUCGGUAUGUCUAUUGAAUUUUUGUUGA